AUGUCCCACAGCCACAACAACUACCACCCAGUCGCCUCAGCAGACAAAGUCCCUACCAUACACACAAUCCAGCCCAUGAAACGCUCGACUUCCUACUCUCCCACCCAAGAGAGUGACGAAGAGUACAAGCAACACGUCAAGAAAGACAGCGCGAGCAGCACAGUAGCCUGUGGCAACGACCAUAAAGUGAAAGCCGCGCUGACGGAGCUUCUCAACGACGACGGAAUCGGUGCAGAACUUGCUGAUGGAUACGGAGAAGGCGCUGAGGAAGCAGCGCAGGGAGUCGCUUUCGGGACGGGCUUCGAUUUUGGUGGCGAAGUGAAUUCCUCGUGCUGGUCUGGGCUGGUCGGUACAAGAGGUGCGCGCUGUGUCGAUGGGGGGGUCUUAGCUGCUUCUGAUGAUGUUGAUGCUAUGGUAGUAGGGCUGGAGGUUAGAGGCACAGCUGAUGCGCCGUUGCAGGAGUUGGAGACGACAUGUCUAUUGGUGGCAGCAUAA